UGUGUGCUGUCUCAUCACUCCCUGCUCAUCAGUACCAUUUUGUUUAUGAACAAAUGAACAUGACUGAAGCUCAGAGCUACUGCAGAGAAAACUACACAGACCUGGCCACUAUAGACAACAUGGAGGACGUGAACCUCUUGAACUCCAUGGUGGAUUUAAACAGAAUGAUCUACCCAACAUUCAGCUAUUUAGCCUGGAUAGGUCUGUACGACGAUGUGAACAGCUGGAGGUGGUCGCUGUCAGACAGAAGUUUCUACACACAGGAGGAGGCUGAGUUCAGGAACUGGUACAACUACGAACCAGACAAUGAAAAUAGUAGAGAACACUGUGCAUGGAUCACCAAUGAUGGACAGUGGAAUGAUGUUUUUUGUGAUUUCUACCGUACAGCAGUCUGCAUGGAUGUCAGAGGUGAGGAUUUUAACUGGUGAAAUUACACCAUACAACACAGCAGUUUAGUUUCUUUAUCUCUCCCACUUUCUGCUUCUCUUUGUCUCUGUGUUUUCCUUAUUUGGGCUCACAGUUCAAUCAAUCAAUCAGACUUUAUUUGUACAGCACCUUUUUCUAGGUUGGUCCAAUUCAAAGUACUUUACAGAUGAGCAACAAGCUGACAGUACAGAUGGAAACACUAACACUAUACUACACACUACUAAUGCUUAUGGUUAUGUUACUGCUGCUCAGCUCUUCACUAUGAUCUGUUUUCAGGGUCAAAUGUCACAUUUGUCUUCAUCAACAAUUUCAUGACAUGGACUGAAGCUCAGAGCUACUGCAGAGCAAACCACACAGACCUGGCCAGUGUGAGAAACAUGGAGGAAAACCAGAGGGUAACAGAGCUGCUACCUUCAGGACAAGAUGUCUGGAUCGGCCUUUUCAGAGACUCCUGGAAG